UUCACUUUCUGUUUUCCAACCGGAAUUCCUCCCCGUAUACACCCGCGCAACUUCCUCCUCGAAAUUGCUAUAAAAGCCUUUGACUGCGUUGGGAAAAAGCAUCAGUUCUAAAACUGUAACAACCAACUCACAACCACUCCAAGAUGAAGUUCAUCAUUAUCGUAGUCCUUUUCGCCGUCACGGCCGCUUAUGACUCUCCUAAAUACGAGUCCAUGAAGUACGCAGCUCCAGCAGCCCCUAAGUAUGAAGCUCCUGUACCCAAAUACGAAGCUCCAGCUCCUAAAUACGAAGCUCCAGCUCCUAAAUACGAAGCACCAGCUCCUAAAUAUGAAGCCCCAGCUGUGAAAUACGAAGCCCCGGCUGUUAAAUACGUAGCCCCAGCACCUAAAUACGAAGCCCCAGCUCCUAAAUACGAAGCCCCAGCUCCUAAAUACGAAGCCCCAGCUCCUAAAUACGUAGCCCCAGCACCUAAGUACGAAGCCCCAGCUCCUAAAUACGAAGCCCCAGCUCCUAAAUACGAAGCCCCAGCUCCUAAAUACGAAGCCCCAGCUCCUAAAUACGAAGCCCCGGCUCCUAAAUAUGAAGUCCCAGCUGUUAAAUACGUAGCCCCAGCACCUAAGUACGAAGCUCCGGUUCCUAAGUAUGAAGCUCCCAAGUACGAAGCUCCUGCCCCUGCUGUGUACGUGGCUCCAGCUCCCGUGUACGUGACUCCAAAGUACGUGAAGCCGAAAUACGAAGAAGUCAAAUACGACCCACGCCCCUACAGAUUUGGUUAUGACAUCAAGGACGAAGAAUCUUACGCCGAUUUCUCCUUCUCCGAGAAAAGCGACGGUCACGUAGUCAGCGGCUCCUACCGCGUCGUUCUCCCCGACGGACGCACUCAGAUCGUCAACUACAGAGCCGACAAGAACGGAAACGUCGCCACCGUCACCUACGAAGGUGAGGCCAAAUACCCGGAAUUCGUCGAGCCCGAGUACAAACCCAAACCCUACGUCGCUCCGGUUUACACUGCCCCAGCCUACAAAGCUCCCGCUUACGUUGCGCCAGCACCCGCGUACAAGGCUCCAGUUGUCUACGCUGCUCCGGCUUAUGUUGCUCCCGCUCCCGUCGCUUACGUUGCCCCGACUACCCAAGCAUAUGCGGCUCCAGCUUAUGAAGCUCCGACCACCACUGCCGCAUACGUUCCAGCUCCGACCACCGCCGCUUACGCUGCUCCGGCUUACGUGGCUCCUACUACCUCUGCUCCCGCAUAUAAAGCUCCCGCUUACUCCGCCCCGGAAUAUUAGAAUUGGAACACUUACUCCAACAGGUCUUUAAUUAUGUAUGGUGUUCAUCCUUGAUUGCCUCCUAUACCUUAAUGUAUUGGCUAUUUUGAUAAUUUAAGACCACCAAACCAAAAUGUUAAACUCUGAUACGGCAACUUUUUGGUUGUCCGUCUGAGUUAUAAUUAAUUAUGUGCAAAUACAAAUUUUGAAGAAAAACAAACA